UUUUUUUUGUGUGGCAAAAGUGUAAAGCACCAGUGAAACAGAGAUGGACUUUGACGAGGAGCUCAAUCUUUGUAUCACCAAAGGUAAAAACAUCGACCCUUCUUUUGGAGAAGCUUCGUCCACGACUAUGGCGUCCCCAAGAUCUAUGAAGAAGAUGAGAAAUCCUGAUAAUCGACCUAAACCAUAUUUUCCAUUUUCCUCUUCUUCUCCAAAUUCUUUUGUGUCUUUCCCUUUCUCUCUUGAUCCAACUAUCCAAAAUCAACAACAACUCGGAUACGUUCCGGUUAACCAACAACCACAACCGACAUUGCAAGACCAGAAGCAAAUGAUCUCGUUUAAUCCUCAACAGCUUCAUCAACAGCAGCAGCAGCAGUAUAUGGUCAAGUAUUGGAGCGACACACUGAAUCUGAGCCCUAGAGGAAGAAUGAUGAUGAUGAACCAAGAAAGUGUUCAGCCAUACAGCGCAACCAAGCUGUACAGAGGAGUGAGACAACGUCAAUGGGGAAAAUGGGUAGCAGAGAUUCGUAAGCCAAGAAGCAGGGCACGUCUCUGGCUUGGUACCUUUGAUACAGCUGAAGAAGCUGCCAUGGCCUACGACCGUCAAGCUUUCAAGUUGAGGGGUCAAAACGCAACACUUAAUUUUCCGGAGCUUUUUUUGAAUAAGGAAAACGAGUCGCAUGGUUCGAGUGGUGCAUCAAGCUCUUUGCAUCAGAAACAAUCCGAAACGCAGCAGCCAAGUGAGGUUAACUUGGAGAGCAAGGAAGUAGCGGUGAGUGAUGGUGGCAGAGAGGAAGGAAUGGCUGAGGCGUGGUUCAAUGCGAUUACAGCAGGAUGGGGUCCUGAAAGUCCACUUUGGGAUGAUUUGGAUAGUUCUCCGUUUUCACAAAGCUCUUCUUAUUCCUCUGCUUCUUGUCCCAUGAGGCCUUUCUUUUAGAAAAAAAGGUUUUAUAUAGAUCCUCACAUUUUAGGUUGUAGUUUAGGGUUUUGCUCAUGUUUGGCAUUUGGACUUUGGAGCGAGACAGUUUUUGUGAUCUCCCACUCCACAUAUCAGUCUGUGUAUGUCUCUACUUUCUAUCUAUGCUUCCAUCACUAUCAUUCAUAUACA